CAGUCUGUUUUUAGAAUAUGGAAUAUAAAUAUAUGUUAAAAUAUAUAAUGUAUAACAAUUAAAAAAUGGAAUGACUGAAAGGUGUAUAACUUUCAUGCAGUGAUGCAGCAUUUGAAAUAUUCUUGGUUUUACCUCUAAAAGAAAACAAUUUAAAAUGAUUUGUGAUAUUAUGCCUACCCUGUCUGAGGAUGGGGACAUGAUAGGGGAUGGAAGUUUGGAAGAUAAUAAUUUUGAGCAACUUAUGGUCAACAUGCUAGAUGAAAGAGACAAAUUGAUGGAAACGUUGCGUGAUACUCAAGAUGCUCUUGCCAAUAUGAGAAAUUCUUUAAAAGAGGUUGAGUUUGAGAGAGAUACAUUGUUACAGGAGUUUGAUAUUGUUUUAUCAAAGUGCAAUAUUGAUAGAGAUGAGUUAAUCCAAAAGAUUUCAUCGUUCGAUAAUGAAGAUGAUCUUAUUAUUUCACGGCUUCACCAACAAAAAAAUGGAUUAGCUGAGGAGUUUGUAAAUAUUGCAAAAGAUUUAUUUCAUAACAAAGAAAAAUUAAACGAACGCAAUGAAGAAAUAGCUGAAUUAAAAGCUGAGCGAAACAAUACUAAACUGUUACUGGAGCAUUUAGAGAGUUUAGUUUCGAGGCAUGAAAGAUCUCUUCGAAUGACUGUUGUAAAGCGUCAGGCUCAAUCCUCAGCUGGUGUUUCUUCUGAAGUAGAGGUUCUAAAGGCAUUAAAAUCACUUUUUGAACAUCAUAAAGCCCUGGAUGAAAAAAUUCGGGAAAAACUAAGAAUGGCUGUUGAAAAGGCAAAUAGUUUAGAAGAAGAUCUAGUAGCAGCAAAUCAAGAGAUUGACAGAUUGCAAUCUGAGAAAGAACAAUUAAGAGCAUUCGUAAAGAAGUCUGAAACAAAUAAUUUUGCAGAUGGAAUGACAAAUGACAAUAUAAAUGAAAUAUAUAUGGAAAUGAAUGAUCUGAAAUAUAGACUAGAGCAAAAGAAAAGGGAGUUAGAUAAAUCUGUGAAAGAAAAUAAAGAAAUGCAAGAAAAGUUUAGUCAACUGGAAGAUCAAGUCACUACAACUAAUAGAAAAGCAAGUUUUUCUCAGGAAAACAAUCAAAAGAUUAUCAAAGAAUUAGAAGAGGCUGUAGUUCAGAAAAACGAUAUUGAAAAUCGCAUGAUGGUAUUAGAAAAACGUUAUGUGCGUUCACAAAAUGAACUUUCUUCUGCAGGAGAAGAGUUAGAAAGAUUACGUGCUGAGUUGUUUGGUUUACAGACAAUGCUUGAACAGAAAGAUGAGAAGAUUGAAAAUUUACAAGAGCAAUGCAAAUUUUAUGAAAUGAAGUUUUCGCAAACAGUCAAGCAUGUUGAAGAGUUACCUAAGAUUCAGGAAGAACUUGAGAAUCGUAAAGCUGCUCUUAAUGCGGCUGAAGAAAGAAAUUUUACUGCUGAAGAAAAAGUACAAAAUCUUCAAGCUCAAUUAGAUGAAAUAACUGAACACUUAGCCAGGGCUAAUGAAUGUGAACGGCUAACUGUAGAACAUAAUAUAAAACUUCAAAGCACAAUAGAUAAACUUAUGGCAGAAUCCAAUUAUCAGCUUCAAAAGCAGCUUAAAGAACGCAUGCAGUCAAUUGAUGAUAAAAAUAACAUUUGCCAGCAACUAGAAAAGUCUAAAAGCGAAAUUGAAAAGAUUUCUAAAGAAAAGAAUAUUUUGGUGGGUGAAAUUUCAAAGCUCAAAGAAGAGAUUUUAAGCCUUAAAAGAGAAUCAUUCCUAACUGGCAGCAAGGUUGUUACUAGUCCUACCACAGGGUUACCUGUUGCACACUCAAGAGUGCCAGCAAUACUUAGUCCUGUGUUUCGAACCUCUUCAUUGUCAGCUGGUUCCAAAUUAUCAUCAUAUAUUCCACCAAAAGAUGAAACAGACAAUACUUGGCAGAAAAUGAAUCAAGCUAAUGUCAUUUCUAAUGUUGCAAUUGCAUUAAAUAACAAAGAUGAUUUAAAAAGUUUAAGUCGAAUUCCAGCAAUUAUUGAUGAUACUCUAGAAUCUCUUACAUCAAGUGAUGCACAUAGGCUAGCUAGUAUGCUUCAAAAUCAACUAAAUGCUAUAAAUGAAGAGCUAGAGUUGUUGCAAGUUGAGCAUCGAAAUACAGAACUUUUGACUGAGCAAAUAGAAAAAAGAGUUGGUAGUGAAACAAGUAGUUUGGACGGAAGUAUUAACUCUAAAGAUUCUUCUGAAAACAAGAUUGAAGACCGAAAAUUAAAAUUAAACAUAACUUCUGAUACUUAUUCUAAACCUGAUAGAAGAAACCCUUCUGAUACUAAUGAUUCUUUUGGUUUUACAAGAUAUGAUCCAUUGGAUACAAAACCUUUAAUGCUGAAACAGGGGCGUUCUCAAGAAAUGAUUGCAGACCAACUUUCUGAUGCUCCAAACUCUCUUGGAUCAGAUUGUUCUGAUAAAUUGAAAAGUAAUUCUACUACUCAUUGGAGCUCAAAUUCUUUUGAACCUGACAGAGAAUUUGACUUUUCUUCAUCUAGUUCACCUGGUAGCAUGACAAAUAGUUUAGAAUCACUUACUCGCAGGGGUGGAAAAAAUAAAAGUCUUCGAACAUCAAUUGGAAAAAUAUUUUCUACUAAAGGUAAACUUAAACCGAGAGACUUGGAACUCGGACAAAGCGAAGACUUAGAUUCCAAUGCUGAAGCACAACGUGAUGCCGAAACUCGAAUGAAACACAAACUUUUAGAAGAUAUUAUGGCAUCAGGAGCUCCUUUUGCAUCAUGGAAUGCUCCUGCAAUUCUUGCUUGGUUAGAAUUAUGGGUGAAGUUACCAGAGUGGUAUAUACAUGCUUGUAGAGCCAAUGUAAAGAGUGGUUCAAUUAUGUCAGCAUUAUCAGAUUAUGAAAUCCAACAUGAAAUUGGUGUGAACAAUCCCUUGCAUCGUUUAAAAUUAAGAUUAGCUGUUCAUGAAAUGGUUAAUGUUACUCUUCCUGUUUCCCCGCCAACAAAAACUUCAUUAGUCUAUGGUGAUAUGAAUCAUUUUUGGAUUGCUUCAGAAUGGCUUGCAAGUCUUGGUCUUCCUCAGUAUAGGUAUUCGUUUAUUGAAAACCUAGUGGAUGCUCGUAUGUUAGGACACAUUUCUAAAAAAGAACAGACAAAGUAUCUUAAAGUUAUUGAUGGUUUCCACAGAAAUAGUUUAGAUUGUGGGACAAAGUGUUUGGAAAUACUCAAUUAUGAUAGAAAAAUGUUGGAAAAGCGAAGAAGUGAUGCCUUAAAUGAAAAAAAUGAUAUACUAGUUUGGACAAAUGCUAGAGUUAUAAAAUGGGUAUCAAGUAUUGGUUUAGAUGAAUUUUCUCAAAACCUGUGUCAAUCUGGUGUUCAUGGUGCUGUCAUAGCUCUAGAUGAACAUUUUGAUGUAGAUAUGUUUGCAUAUUAUUUGCAAAUUCCUAGUACAAAUGAAAAAGCACGUAAAAUACUUGCUAAAGAAUACAGUAAACUGAUAGAUCUAUGUAAUGACCUUCAAAAAUAUUCUCAAUCGGAUUUAGUGGAAGGUGAUUUUAGGCGUACAAAAUCAUGGCGAAAGAAAUUUAAAAAGGACAAAUCAGUUAAAGAUAAGUCGCGCAAAGUAGAAGAUAAUUCUAUUAAACGAUAUUCUGGAGAUGCUGAAACUUCCUAUCAUUUUCCUAGAAAUGCUGAGGUGACUUCUCCUACUCGUAGACUGACCAAAUCUCCAAUAAUAGAUCGUAGAAAUUACAGCGUUCAUAGCAGAAUCACUUAGAUAUUUUUCUACAUUUUAAUGUGGUUUAAACUUAUGCACGUUUGCAUAAAUUGCACUCAUUAAGUCGACGAUGGUCAAAGAUCCAAUAGAUAUUAGAAUUUGUUAUCGCAUUUCAUGUAUGAAGUCAUGUGACAUGUUGAUAUAUGUCUAUAACUAAGAAACUAAAUUAUGUAUAAUAUUUCAUUUUAUAUAGAUUUUUAUAUUUAUACUUAAUAUUGUUACUACUGUAAAAGUGGUUCAUAUAGAACUACAUUUCACUUUUUUUUUAUAUAAAUAUAUUUUUUUUUCCUCCAUCUUUUUUUAGCAUUUAUAUAUUUUUGUUGACAGUGCUUUCAUGUUAAAAAUAAUUACACAGUUGUUUUCUACUGAUAAUACCGUUUAAACAUUAAAAUUCGGGUUGUUUUUUUGUUUUUUUUUGUUUUUUUUCUUGCAAAUUAUUUUUUAUUUUUAUUUAUUUUAGUAUUUUUUUAUUCAAAUAGAAAUAUUAAACCAAUUCUCAUUUAGUAAAUUUUUGUUUAUUAUUUGGGUUUAGAUGUUGUGUUUUUGAUCAUUCAUUGUUGUCCUUGUUUGACCAUACAUUGUUGUUGUUUUUUGUUUAAUGUUUUUUAAUCAUGAAACAUUUGUGUAACACCAAAAUUUGUUUUUAUAAUAAAUUGUUAUUUAUAGUGUUUUUGUUUAAAGCUUGUAAAAUAUUAUGCAAUUCAUUUUGAAAUAUGUGCAUAUAUUGUGAUUUCUAGUGAAAUUGUUAUGUAACUUAUAAAGUUGUUGAAGUUUUUGAAAAAAAAUUAUCUCAAUUUAAAAA